AUGAAGCAAGCACUGUUGAUCCUCCUGGCCACCGUCGCCGGCACAUAUGCUGCGGCGAGUCUGAAAGUACGCGCCGGAGAUCUCUCCUCGGCGAAUUACCACAUACCGAUGCCGCUGACGGUCGCUGAAGCUCUGGCUCAGAGCUGGACCCUGACCUCUCGUCCAGAGAACAGCCUGCUGCCCUCUCUCAUCCUGUACUGCCACGAGUCCAGGAAGGCCUGCGUGCUCUAUGACGACACCGAGAACAUCGCUGGAUAUCAAGAAGCUUUCCCUACUGACGAGCUUACCGACGCCGUUUACGACUGGGGUGUGCAAGGAUAUACUAAGUGGACACCCUCAGACGAUGGCAAAGUUUACUACGCUACUCAACUUUACUUCGUUACAGAAGAAUAUUUGGCUACCAGCAAGGCAGAUCGUCUCUCGUCUCGGAAUGCCAGCACUGUCCUGCAGCUGGAUGGCAUGUGGGUGUCAGGCUUCAACGGCGAGCUGGUGAAGCUGCCCAAGAACUUUGAAGAAGAUGAGAAUACUGAUUUUACUAAGCAAGUUUGCUCAGCUACGAUGGGUUAUCACUACUACUACAAAUUCUCGAAGGAUCUGGUAUGUUCUGCGGAGACUCUGUUCCCGUGGUUCCCGAUGGCAAUCUCCGGUAGGCUGGUCUCCCUAGGCGUCCUCGCUUACGGCAAGAUGCCCGAGCAGGACUUUGAUGUCUGCGAGAGAUACUCUAGAGCGGUUACUGAGUACAUCGCGCCUGCUGCACCAGAGUGCUUCUACGACUUAGCAGACAGCCCUGGUAUACUUUCGACGCACAUCUUCUUCGAUCUCGACGACCCUUCAGCGAUCCAAUGUCCAUCCUCUUGAAUGCUUUUUAGAAGGCAAAUAGACUUGAAGUGAAUACAUAAUGUAUACGAAUUCGUGAAUAAAAAAUGUUAA